AUGAGUAAUAUAGACACAUUUUUCAAUCUUGCGGGCAAUGUACUUUACGUGGAAAAUGGGUACAUAACAUGGUAUCCAAUAUUUAAUGCUCUUCAAUAUGUAUCACAACUUUUUCCGUUUCCAGAAAGCGCAAAAAUCAAGGUUAGAGCAAUAGAAAUUUUGAAUAAAUUUCUUAAAGAUACAUCACAUAUAAAUGUUUCCGAGAAUAGCAUUGAUACUCAAUUAUAUCACGAAACGUUAAAAUGGACAUGUAUUCUUAAUAGUUCAAAGUGCAACAAACACCUUACUGAUAUAUUAGAGUGGCAUUUACAAAAUCCUGCACAUAACAAAUUGUUGGUAAGUUGGCAGAAAUGGAUAUAUUGCCAAAGUGUGACAUUAGGAAUUAUAAAUGAUUACAUGUUGUUCUUUACAAUACAAGACAUUUACUUGUUACAAGAAAAGCAAAAUCACUUUUAUCACCUUUUAUCUUGUCGUGGACACAAUUAUAGAUUAGAAGUGCGUUAUGCACAAGAACAUACUUUAGGAAAAGAAAGUGAUUUUGUUAGCAUUCUUUUCCAUAUUGUUGCAAGGCACGUAAAAAGAUUUUCUUCACUGGAUAGUAUACUAAGCCAAAUACAAAAUAAAUUUCCAAGACCGGUUGGCCUACUUGCAGUUGUGAAUUUUAGUAUUAACCACAUAUAUUCAGAUGAAGAUCUCGAAACGAUUACUAAGACUGUACUACUAUUGGUUACAACUUUGAUUAACAGAUAUAAUCUAGAAACGCCAUUAUUUAUACACGACGUCAUUAUGAAGAAAAUGAUGAAGCGUCGAACGAUUAUACGAAUGAAGAAAAUACACAUUCGGGACGUACCUCAUUAUUUACUACACUAUUAA